AUGACUCGUCAAUGUGACUAUGAUGCAAUAUCGAUGACUUUUGUUGCGAAUUCGACAUCCUCAAGAACAGACACAACGAAUGAAGAUAAAAAUCUCGAUCAAUUAGAACCAUCUUAUAUGUACACAAUGUUAUUCAAAGAUAUUAUAUUAGAAAUCGAUGAAGAUGACGAUAAGCCAUUACAAGAUCUUGUGGCUUAUUGCCGUAGUAAAGAUAUUAGUGAAUCAGAAUUGACGUAUUUUAAGAAUAAAUAUCGUCAGCAUUCGGCAGUUUGGUGGUAUACUUGUGAAAUGUUUCUGUAUGGUAUGCUCAACUAUGCCCUGAGAACAUUUGAUUUGGAAGUCAUGACUAAAACAGGCUUCUUCAUUCGAAAUUUGCAUCGCCAAUUGCAGCAAUUACACAAAGAACAAUCAGCUAAUUUCGAGAAGAAAUUCAUUGUUUAUCGUGGUCAAGGACUUUCUACAGAAGAUUUUCGACAUCUUCAAAACACAAAAGGUGGACUCAUUGCGUUCAAUUUUUUUCUAUCGACGAGCACAGAAAAAAACGUCAGUAUGGGAUUCAUUGAAGGAAAUUUAUGUAAAUAUGAACAAAACGUAGGUGUCCUUUUUAUUAUGACAAUUGAUCAAAGUAAAAUAUCACCAUCUUCGACACCAUUCGCUCUUAUUGAAAAUGAGAGCGCAAUCAAAACGGAAAACGAAAUUCUCUUCUCCAUGCACACAGUAUUUCGUAUUGGUGAAAUGAAACAAACAACGAAAGAUAAACGUAUUUGGGAAGUACAAUUGACAAUUACUGAUGACAAUGAUCCACAACUUGCUCCUCUUGUUACAUACAUGAAAGAGGAAAUUGAAGGUCGAGAGUGGUAUCGAAUGGGUCAAUUGAUGCUCAAACUACAAAAAUUCGAUGAUGCUGAGCUACUCUACAAUCAACUAUUCGAAAAUGCUUCUAGCGAUAGUGAUCGAGCAUAUAUAUAUCACCACCUUGGAUGUCUGAAAACGGAUCAAGGAAAAUACGAGGAGGCAGUUACAUUUUAUGGAAAAUCUCUGAAAAUUGCACUGCAAACUCUCAACGAAGAUGAUCCUUCAUUAGCU